AUGGAGCGCAAGCUCUCUCAAAAAGCUGCACAGAUGCGCCAACGCUUGUUCACUCGGAGUUUGCACAGUCGAGGCCGCGCGGCUACAAUGAACGCCUCCGCAUCACCAAGCACCUCGAGCAGCCGCUCUCGCUCAGCUACCACCCCCGUCUCGUCUCACCCAACCGGUCUUGCAUUUGACACAGAACCAACCCGGUACUACCAGUUCACCGAUGAACCAGGAUACUUUAUUCCCGCGGAACCAUUAAUUCACCGACAAGAUAUCGAAGAGGACCUGGAAGACAACGUGAAACAUUCGUGUGGGUUGCUCGUUGAAAGUAUUGAACGCGGUCUUCCCAUCUGGCCCUCCUUUCCUGAGAAUGGCGCGCUUCAUUCGCAUGAAUCUCGCCCGGGAUUUCAGGGCGUCAUGGCUCAGCUUUCACUUUCACCUGUCGCGAUUGAUAAUCAUAUCCCGAACGAAUGGGAUUCCGGCGAUUUACACUCCAGCAAAUCAACAAGGCCCCAGAAUAGUUUCUCGAUGAGCGCUUCAGCGGGGACGGGUCGUUUCUACGGGAAACGACUCUCAACGCCACCUCCGGAAGAGGAGGAAUAUGACAGUCGUCCCCGCGGCCGAAGCAUCGGCACGGAGACAACCCGCUCUCGCUCUCGUUCCCGGUCUGAAAGUCCUGAUCUCUUCCCCUACAGUCCACCCCAAUUCGAAAACACCUGGGGCCGGGAUAAUACCCACAUUCUUGAACCCGACUUCCCUGAAUCGGAUUUCCUUGGUGCAGAGGGUACCACUUGGCUCAGCGCAUUGGAUAUUCAAACCAACGAGCACUGGACAUCUAGUUCGGUGGUGGAUCUACCUAAAGAUACUGCAGGGACAUGCAUGACUUCAGUACCUAAUACGGCUACUGGACCUGCUCCGCGGCGCUUCUACAGUACCCGGCAAAAACCCAAUCUCGUCGAGACGAAAGCACGAGACUGGGAUGCUUUCCAGAGUCGCGAGCCGGGGUUGUAUCGCGGUCUAUCGAUGGGGAAUCUUUCGGAGAAACGUCCGACUGAUUUUUCGUAUCCUCUUUGGAAGGAGGGGGAUUCGCCUGAUGCCUUGGGGCUCUAUGAUGCUCCUACUAGACAUCGGAGAAGACGGGCACAGGAGUUGUUGAAGAAGUUGACUGGGUUGGGGAUGAAGAGAAAGGAGGGGAUUGUGGAGGGGAGAAGAGCCGUUACUGCUGUGGCUUGA